ACUACACGUUGAUUGCAUUCAUAUGGUUCCCGUCAGGCGUCAUUUAAUCGCCUCUCGUCUCUCGAAUGUACUACUCACUAUACUAUGUAAAUUUUUGAAACACAUAGAACAAGAACACUGCGGUGUAUCCGGUUGUAUUUCAGUUGCAGUAUCGUUCAAGUUUGAUUUGAAUCGUUAUUUAAAAUCUAAGAUUGGCGUUCUCGGUGUUGUCUAAAAAUGUGGGAUUGUGUCCUCAAAAGGUUUGCUGCAAUAGCAAUACUUUUAAAUAAGACAACGGAUGUUCUCAUGUGUAUGCUCUGGGAUGUCGUAUGGAGUGACAAAGUAAUAUUCGGAUUUCUUGUUAUUAUUGCAGCCCUACCAAUUAAAUGCGCAAUUCAUGGAGUUUAUGAGAAGAAAUCAGCACUAAUGAAAUAUCAUUUGCUUGUACAAGGUGUUUUUCUGGUCAUGAUGUUUAUAUUUUCCAUAUCAUCAUUGAGUAGUCAAAGUCAGAAAGAUUAUCUUAGGAAAGUUUUCACUGAUGCAGUUAAUGAUGGUAAAGACAGAAAAGUGGAAUUAACAGAUAAUCAAAUCUUUCUUUACACAUUGAUCAUGAUCGGAAUUAUUGUUGGUCUCUCAUCACUAUGUUUCGUUAUCACAUUGAAGUAUUACCUGAAGAUUAAAGGAGAAAUAAUUGUGGAGUCUCAGUCUGUGGAUGAGACUGUACCAUACGAGCGACUUGAAGUAGACCACAGCUGUACUGUAAUUCCAAUGGACACUCCUGAACAUCCGCGUAAGGCUAAUCCUAUGAACGCUAUUCCAUUACCUUGGCCAAAACCUCAAGAAAAAUAAAGGAGAAGAAACAACACAGAAAA